AUGGUGCAUUUCACGUGUAUUACCUGCGGCAAGGAUGGAGACUUCGGCGCUGACUACACCACUAUCAAGUGUACUCCAUGGAGAAAGGCCUCAUCCCCAUGUCCGCCAUGCGUCAAAUUAGGAUCGCUGGAUCGUCAGAUUGUGGAAGCCCGCGCCUUUCUGAGCCAUUUGGAGGCACAUCGUGCCACUUUCGACUCCAGUAUCAACGAAUUUCACGACCCUUUUACGAGCCUCCUUCCGACCGAGCUUGCAUCGCGCAUCUUCAACCUCUGCAAGAGUGACAAAGAAGACAUAGAUUCAUCUCGCGAGCCGUGGCCCCGUCACCGUGUCCCCUUCACGUUAUCUGCGGUGUCCAGACGUUGGCAGGCCGUUGCAAAGUCGAAUCCGUCACUAUGGAACGACGUCCAUCUUCGCCUUGAGCCAGGUCGAGCUGCUGGUCUCGAUGAGAAUGCUUUGUUUAAGUGGCUUUCGCGCUCAGCCCAGCACCCUCUCACCAUCCAAUUGCGCAUUCCGUAUUGCCACCCCCAUGACUACAUGUGGUGGGAGUUCUGCAAAAGCAUGAUAGAUAUUCUCGGCCGCUGCUCCACCCGCUGGGCAGACCUUUCGAUUAAAAUCCCCUAUGAUAUACUCUCUCUAAUUCAGGGACGCGACGACGGCGCCCCAUUACUCCACCACCUCUCUAUCGAAGGUGCCUUCCCGGGUGAAGUGGGCAAUCCCAGCAGUACUGGAGCUUUUAGUCUCCAAGCUACCCUUCCAUCCCCUCGCUCCGUCUCUCUGACCGUUUGCGAGCUUCGCCUGGUCCACAUCAACUGGAGCAAGGUCACUCAAGCACAGGUCUUCGGACUUCCUUUGUCCGACUGUCUGAUGAUCCUACGCUCAGCACCUGAGCUCCGCAACUGCACCAUGCACGACAUUGAUGAGGCUGGUGCCCUCCAGGCCCACAACAAUCCCAUCUUCCUCGCUAAUCUCACAACAUUCGAUUUGCGCAUCACCACUGAUCAAAUCUCUCUUUUCCUCGAUGUUGUUACCACUCCAUCCUUAACGACAUUGCGGUAUGAGUGCUUCGGAGUAUUUUGGUACCACCUCUCAAAUUUCCUCCGGCGUGGGUCAUGCCCGCUCACAUCCCUCACGAUCAUUGACAGUGAUUGCGUAUUCGACCUACCAGACCACGAUCACGAGCUCUUUGGCGUCCUCUAUGCCAUACCGACGCUCGAAAUCUUGAAAUUAUACCAGGUAGAUAUUUCCGACGAUUUUUUCAAGCUCCUGGGCGGUGAUAACCCCAACGAUGAGGACGAUGCCGACGUGUUCAUACCAUCACUAACUCACUUAUUCAUUGAAUAUACCCGAGAGCCACUGAACUUCUCGUGGCCUGCUGUACACAGAGCUAUUGCGGCGAGGGUUUCUCGUGGACCACGAGUUGGAGGACAAGGGGUAUUUACCAACUUGGAGAUAUUGAUACAGCCCGAUGAGGAAGAUGAUGACAGGUACUAUAUUGACAAAGAAAGCCUGGACGCCUUCCAGCACCUUAUCGACGCUGGUGUUGAAAUCCAACUUUACAAUCAGGUGUCGGCAGACGAUGUUAUGGAGUACUCGAGGGAAUACCACUCUAUCUAG